AUGCAUCUGGUUUGGUUCUCGACGCUCCUUGUUCUGGCACAGCAGAUCUGUGCUUUGCCGACUGAGAUAAAUAGACCGAGCUUGGAAGUGACCUUGAGCCAAGUGGACGGAACUCGAAUCAAGGCAGUUGUUCAAAAUACUGGGGAUGAAUCCUUAACCUUCGUGCAUCUCAACUUCUUUCGAGAUAGCGCUCCUGUGAAGAAGGUCAAGGUUUACCAAAAUAACUCAGAGGUGGCAUUCCAGGGGAUAAGACGGUCAUUUAGGUUUCAAGGGCUCACAUUGGAAGCGCUAACCACCCUUAAUGCUGGAGAGGUCUUAGAAGAUGAAUUUGAUAUUGCCGCAACAAGUGAUAUUGCUCACGGAGGAUUGAUGACUCUACAAUCUAGUGGUCUGGUGCCACUUGUCCAAGAUGGAAAUGUAUCAGGUUAUGUGUCUUAUCACUCUAAUGAUCUAAGUAUCGAAGUGGAUGCGAUGAAGGCAUCUCAAGUGGCCAAAGCUAUUAACCCUCUACACCGCCGCACGCGCGAGAGCUGCAACAAUACCAAUCACAAUGAAAUGCUUGAUCUCGCGCUACGCAACACAGUUGCUGUCGCCAAUGCCGCGGCUAAUGCCGCUCACAAUGGUUCAGCUUCGAAAUUCAAGGAAUAUUUCAAGACAACCGAUGAUUCAGUGCGGAAGGAUGUGGUAAAAAGGCUGCGCGCAAUUGCAAAAGAAGCACAGUCGACGAAUUCAGGGAGCACCACUUAUUACUGUGGUGAUGCAUUUGGUUAUUGCUCGACAAAUGUACUCGCUUACACGCUCCCAUAUCAAAACGUCAUUGCGAACUGCGAAAUCUGGUAUUCAUAUCUGCCAGCCAUGGCAGUGAAAUGUCAUCAACAAGACCAAGCUACCACUGCUCUACAUGAGUUCACUCAUGCACCGGGUGUCUACACGCCUGGAACAGAGGAUUUGGGAUAUGGCUAUUCGGCUGCUACAGGCCUCAGCAGCAGCGAUGCUGUGAUGAAUGCGGAUACAUAUGCUCUUUAUGCAAAUGCGGUCGUUCUAGGCUGUUAA